UUGGUGUAAGUGAGACACCACUUGCACCAUAGUUGCUAAGAGAUUUUUGGAUCUUGAUUCUGGUACCGAGCGCCGCGUGUUUCGAAUCCGCGCCAGAUGCCAUGGACCUCAAUUACCACAAGAGGUCUCUCCAGCUGUCACGCCGUUAGCCGUGAGUGCGCUCGCACUCCUUGCCUUCGUACAUGUGAGGGCGCCACGGUGGAGCGCUUGGUCCUAGCGGCCAAUAGCAAUAUACUCUAUCAGAAGCGAGAUUACAUUGCAUGGUUGCAAUGUUUAUUAUACCAUAGAAUGGGAUUUUGGUGUAAGGGAACCACCACAUCCAGCAUACUGAACAUGGGAGAUACUGGGAAAGUCUUCUUUUUUGCAGGGAGCUUCCAUUGUACAGGUGCAAUGUUUAUUUUCCGCUCUGCUGUGAAUCUGGUAGAAGGGAACCACCACAACCAGCAUAAUGAGUGUGGGAGACACUAGCUAGCCUUCUUUCUUUUGGGCAGGCAGCUGCAUCUGACUCAGCCAGAGACAGUGCCUGAAACCGGUUUGUCAGACGCAUCGGGGAGGCCUUCUGAUCAGCCUCCGGGGACGUCUUUCGCUGCCUGCCACACCUUGGAACGACCUCCCAAUCAACCACAACUAAUAGUAUAACAAUAGGUACAGUAACAGUAAAUCAACCAAUAAAGGGGAAGAGGAAAAGGAAUCCAAUGACGAAGGCAAAUAACAUAUUUUAAAGUACGGAAGCAAUUAAGAAACAACAAAAUUAGGCCUACAGUUAACGGCAAGACCAUGCGAAAAA